AUGGCGGGCGUACGAGGACAGUCUCGUGGCUGCGGGACGUGUCGAGCGCGCAAGAUUGCAUGCGGACAGGAAAGACCUAGUUGCGCUCAAUGUAUCAAGUCUCAGCGCCAAUGUACUGGGUAUCGGCGCGACACAGUCUUCGUCCUGGUCCAACCGGGUGCAAAGGAUGCUCGUCGCCCUGGUCGCAAGCAAGACACCGCCGUGCAGUCUGCGCGACCCGAGCAAGGCCCGGGCUAUGAGAUGGUCAUAAACUGCCACCUGCGCAGGCAACUCCUCGACCACUUUCUCGGUCAAUGUCUCCUUCAUCCGCAGUUGCGUUUGAAAAAGCAUCAGAAGCCGUGGCUCUUGCUUCUCCCCGAUCUGCCCAUGAAGUCUAAGGCGUUGGAGACUUCGAUGAUGGCCAUCGCGUCUGUCGCUUUGGGUCGGAAAUUCCAUGACUACUCCAUGGUGCAUCAAAGCCUAACAGCGUAUACCAGGGGGCUCCGUGAGUUACAAACAGCGCUCUGGAGUGAAAAACGGAUGCACGAUCACGAAACUCUGGCGGCCUGUCUAGUUUUGAGCUUGUAUGAGCUUAUAGAGUGCCCUGAUAAAGGAUUUCAGGCAUAUGUCAGCCACUGCAGGGGGUUUCUGUCCCUGAUUCAGGCUCGUGGGAUUAGCGCGCAUACAUCGGGGAUUAGCCACGAACUUUUCCUCGGGGUUCGGUUUCCCGGGAUCUUAGACGCCAUAAGCAAUCGUACCCCGAACUUCUUGUGUGACCGUGUCUGGUGCCGAAACCCCUGGAUAUCAACCUCUAAACGCAUCCCCGAUCGCAUCGCAGACUGUCUCGCUGGAAUCCCUUCCAUCCUUCAGCGCUACGAUCAGCUAGCAUCGCUGUCUCACGAGGAGAACAUUAGCAUCGCUUACGAUCUGAGGGACGAAUGCUUGGCUAUGGACCAAAGUUUACAAGAAGCAUAUGAAGAGAUUCGGCUCCAAGCAUAUGAAGAGAUUCGGCUCCAGUCGUCGGGCCCUUUGUUCUGGCCCGUUUUCCCGCCAACGUUCUCCAGCAAUGCUCCCGGCGGAACAUCCUUCCCCAUCGUUUACCACUUCCCGGACCUUAGGAUUGCAAAUAUGUUGAUGCUGUACUGGUCCACCAAGGCUCUAUUGUGGUCUUCAAUUAGCAACUUGUGCGAUAUUCUAGAGUCUCAUGGCGUACGCACUACCCAUGCGCCCGCUGUUGUUGAAUUACUCGGGGAUUCACCCGACGAUACUUGCUCCCAAAUUUCCUCCCAACCGGCUGUUCAAAUUAUUGCCCCCCGAUAUGAUCAAGAGAACUAUCUAAUCAUGGCGCGCAAUGUCUUCCAGUCUCUGGAGUUUUGCUUACAGGAAAGCAUAAUGCUGACGGGUGCGCUCGUGGCCUCUACACCGAUUACACUCGCAACUUGGGCGAUACGAAACCGGACCCACCAUGGCGAUCGAGAAGUUACCUGGAUAUCCAGCGUGCAGGAAAAGAUGCGUUACGGCCUGCCCCUGUGGCAAUACAUAUGA